AUGGCUGACCAAAUCACCUCCCGCCAGCGGCCCUCGCUAGGCCAAAUGCGCAGCAGCUCAUUCCUCCAAGACCACCAACAAUAUAAGCCCCCGCUCUCCGUCAGCCAGAAUAUCGGCGAAGUCCUAGGCUCCCAACUCAGCGAGGUCUCAAUCAACCCUAUUAGCCCAGACCCCGAACGGGUCCACGACAGCGGUGUCACCCAUAGUAUAUUCAACCACCAGGCUAACCCCCUCGAGACGGGCACCCCGCGCAUCGUCGCAACAAUCUUCUACAAAUCCUCAAAACCCGUUCACCCUCACUUUCACCCCGAUUCCUCGCCCAACCCAGCUGCGGGCGAGCAGCUGCCUUUACCUCAUGUUCCUGAAGGCUCCGCCCCCACAGAAGACAUGGACAAGUUCCCCCGCGAACCGCCUGCUCCGGAACCGGAACCACUGGAUCACAUCUACGGACCUUACGUGUCGCAGUUGUGUUUGACCAACUUCCUGCAGGUUCUUGAGUCUCUGCCAACGCCUUACCAGCGUCACAUUCUCCCCCCUCCGGACCCCAAAUACCUCUCUUUUGAGGACUUGCGCAAGCACGAGAGCAUCUGGCGCUUUGAGCGCGAGUGGAAUGUCGAGGUUGUACUGCAGCAGGAGAGUGUCUUCCGCCGACACAAGCGGUUGGCUGUGUUUGACAUGGACAGCACCCUUAUCGAGAACGAGGUUAUCGACGAGAUUGCCAAGUUCAUUGGAGUUGAGAAGGAGGUUUCUGAAAUCACCGAGCGCGCGAUGAACGGCGAACUGGACUUCGCGGCAUCGCUCAAGGAGCGCGUCAGCCUUCUCAAGGGAGUACCUGCUGACGUCUUCGAGAAGCUCAAAUCAGUCAUCACCAUUGCAAAGGGCGCCCGCGAGCUUUGCGCCGCUUUGAAGAUGAUGGGAUACAAGAUGGCCGUUCUGAGCGGUGGCUUCCAACCUCUCGCAGAGUGGUUAGCCGAACAGCUUGGACUGGACUAUGCGGUCGCCAAUCACCUUGAAAUCGACACUGAAACUCAGACCCUGACCGGCAAACUGGUCGAGUCGAAGCCCAUCAUUGAUGCUGCCCAGAAGCGCAGUCUCCUCAAAUCCAUCGCCGCCGAGAACAACAUUCCCAUUUCCCAGACACUGGCUGUCGGUGAUGGUGCCAAUGAUCUUCUCAUGCUUCACGAGGCUGGCCUUGGUGUCGCCUGGCGCGCCAAGUCCAAGGUCCAGCUCGAGGCUCCAACCCGCAUUAACGGAGAGAGCUUGGUCGACAUUCUCCACCUGUUCGGUCUGGAGAAGGAGGACAUACUGGAGCUCACCGGUGCCAAGGCCCAAUAG